UCCGUGGAAAGGAGAAGAUGCGAUAAGGGGCAGGGAUUAGGGCAUCAACCGCCCGUUAGCCUUCCGUCCCAAAUUUCGCAUCCACGAGGUCCGGGUUCCACCCACGCGGUGACCUCAAAAAUUUGUUCGAAACCAGGCUGCGUACAAAAGACACAAUCGAACUGUGGACCGUACCAGCACGCCGGGGACCGUUAGUGUUCAGUGUUCUGCAGUAAGGGUUCCAUCGUCGCGUUCCAGUGCCAGGACAACGUGUGUCUCCGCUGAUGUCACGGCUCAUGGACUUCCCGAUUCAACGCGACGUCAUCUGUCACGCCACCGUCAAAAUCGAAAGCUCACGAGCUACAAGAGAGGUUCUACCUUUUACGAUCUUCCAGAGACCGUGGACAAUGGAAGAGUUCCCCUCCGGCUUGAGUCGUUCGUCCCCUCCGACGGAAGCGGACCCUUUUGUCAGAGGCGAGUCCCCCUCUCCAGUCCCCAGCAGCCAAUGGGACUCGUGUGCUCCCACCUGGUCCGGCGGGGAGCUUCAUUCAAGACAACUGGCAGCAUCGCUUCAGAUGGCAUCGUCACCUUGGUCCGUUUCAGAGCUCAACAUGAACGUCAUGGCCGGGAUGAUGGGCCCUGGGCAGGGAAUGAUGGGACAGUUGUCUCCGCCGUCGAUGUUGCACGGGAACGCGUCUCCCGGCGGGAUGAAGAGCAGUCCGGAUCACAUCAAGCGACCGAUGAACGCUUUCAUGGUGUGGUCUCGUGCUCAGCGGCGGAAGAUCGCGCUCGAGAACCCAAAGAUGCACAACUCCGAGAUUUCCAAGAGGCUCGGGGCCGAAUGGAAGCAGUUGAGCGAGGACGUGAAGCGGCCUUUCAUCGACGAGGCCAAGCGGCUUCGCGAGCAGCACAUGAGGGAUUAUCCCGACUACAAGUACCGGCCGCGGAGGAAACCCAAGCCACCUCAGCCCAAGAAGGCGCCGGAUACACCGUACGCAUUUACGCUUCCUUACGUGGCUCCUGGAAUGGAUCCGAGGGCGUACAUGGCGACUUCCCAGCCGUCACAGGUCCCGCAGCAGGUUUCAACGCCACCCAUGUCCGACGACAAGAGGACGUCACCCGCCAACGCCUUCUACGGUUACCCGCCGGACAUUAAGCCUUUCGCAGCAGCGGCAGCGGCUCAAGCUUCCAUGUACAAGGCUUCCAACCCUGCGGACCUGCCUCCCACGACCCAUUCUCUCUACGCGGGUUUGUACGGUGCCACGCCGACGACGCAACCCCCUCCGGGUCUGAUGACGACGGCAGCCCAGAUGUCCCACGCCAACUAUCAAGCUUCGGCUGCUGCGGCUGCAGCGUACAUGUACGGUUGUGGACCAACGGGUUACGGAUCUCCCCAAGACCAGCGUAGAAGUGUUCCGGUCAUAUUCUAGGAGGACAGAACCUUGUGUGGAUCCUUAGUGAUACAAGCUCGUACAGCAGAAGGCUAGAGGACCAAAGCAACUCAUGUGUGAUCUACAAGUGCCAAGGAGUUUCGCACCCAGUGCCUCGGGUUUCUUUUUUACCCCUCAAGAUGUCACGACAUGCGCUUUUCACCAAGUUUUCUACGAAUGUUGACGUGGACUCUCUCACGGCAUGUUACGUGUCUUGCCUUAUUCCUAUUUGGUCGCAGACAUUGUUUCCCGUAAGGUCUGCGCUGUACAUAAGUGUAAAUAUGUGUGUAGAAAAUAUGAAAACCGAGUAUACGUAUAUAGAUGAUUGUCACUGUUGGCGGAAUCAAACAAUUCAGGUUUUAUCGAGUUGACGCGUUUUAGAGUUAUCACGUUUUACACACUCCGGUAGGGGGAGCCGGUUGGCCUCUCACUACAGCUAGACCAAAGAAUAAUUACCUCAUCUUAUUAUUAUUUUUGGAAUUCCCUGUACAUACAUGAUACAUAGACCGAUGUAAUAAAAUUGUUUUACUGCUCA